GAAAAACGCGUUGGUCAGACAAUUGCCGAAAAAGAAAGGAGCAAGAGAAAAGCAGACAAAGGUCAAGGCUCACCUCAAGCAAUGCAAGUGCAAUACGAACAACAACAACCAGCAGGGAAACCCAAGAGCCAGACAAACUGAAAAGUCAAAAGUGGGUGCAACAUGACGCCCGCUGCGAGUCAAUUAAACCGCACGCAACUAGAAGAAACUACAAUAGCGUGAAAUUUGAGGCGUGUCACAAGGAGCGAAAGCUAAAACAUAACAAAAACUGUGGCAUACCUUGCGGCCUUGCAGCAGCAGCAGCAGGAGCAGCAGGAGCAGCAUCAGCUGCCCUGGAGCAUGGGUUCAUGCCUCAGCAGCUGCGUUACCGCCACCGCCACGAGCUCAGCCACAAACUCGACAGCCUCGUCGUCUUCCUCCUCGGUUAGCUCCACAAGCUGCGUUACGACCGUCGCCAACAGCUGGCGUCUUUGGCGUCGUCCCAGGGCGAGAGCCAGAGCUGAAGCUACAGAUGAGCCGGAAGCGGAGCUGCUCUCGACUGCCAGUGAGCGCUGCCAGCGACGUGGCCUUGUCUAUCGCAUACUAAAGUUCAAGCGGAAGCAGCAGUGCCCACAAUUUCUGGACAAAUACUGGGAGCAACAGCCCAGCUAUGCGAAGCUGCAGAACGACAGUGCCCUGGCGGAUAUACAGCUGCAAAAUCUGGACGUGCACAAGCUGCUCAAUCCCACAACGACGCCCAGCAAGGAGACGGAGCUGCAAAGCUAUGCACGCAUGUCCAGUUCGCGAGCCAGCUCCUCGCUAGACCUGGAAUGGGAGCACGAGUAUUCACAGCUGCGGCAGUACCAGCAGCGACAGCAAAAGGAACAGCAGCCGCCGCAGGACACCCCCACCAGGGUGGCCACGCAGCCGCGCUACGCUUCCUUGGACCAAUUGACGACGGCAGCCUCGCUGGCCGCCAGCCAUGGGCGGCAUGCGGCGGCGGCACGUCAGGCGCGACUGGGCGGUCACCGUUAUGGCGGCUCCUUUACGCGCACCUCCUGCUGCUCCUCGACGCAGAACUCCUGGUCACACAUAUCGACGCCCGAAUCGCUCGAAUGGGACAUUGACGCAGAGCAGGAACAGCAAAGGCAACUGCGCCAGGAGGACGACAAUUUGGAUGAGGAGACCCUAAAACUGCUCCAUCAAAUUGAACAGCUCAAGCAUCAUGUCCUGCAGGAGACUGGCGAUGGCCUGAGCAUGGGCGCUGUUGGCGUAGGCGUGGCUGUGGAGGAACUUAGCGAAGGCUUACAAUUUCGUGCGUCACACUUCGGCGUGGCCAACGGCUCAGAAUUGGAGAUGCAUAUUAGUUGAUUCAUGGAACAGUGUAUAUAAUGCGAGUAUAAAUAAUGUACAAGAGACCUACAAAGGACCUGUGAGCAAUGUUUAGCUAAACAGAAAAUAUAGAGGGGUGCUCCAAAAGGCUCCAUAUAAUGGAAUUUUAAAGAAUACAAUUUAAAAAAAAAAAUUAUUUCUAUGAUAUGUUUGGAAGAUUCGCAAUAAGAAACAUUUACGAAAUGUCUAAGAAAGGUUUUGAUUAUCCUACAAAAAUGCGAAAACCAUAAAGAAACCGUUGCUUCGGUUUGCCGAAGAUUGGAUACCCUUGCAGAUA